UAAACUUCCUUACCCAACUAAACUAAAUCGACUCUCUCUUUCUUUGCUCUCGUCUAGCCGUAGGAGCAUCCAGCGCCGCCGCUGUUACAAAGUCCAACUCUUCCACGGAGGAAGCUCUGUUUCCUCUACCCUCUCCCUCUGCUCCCCCGCUCCGGGAUGCCGAUCAAGAGACCACUCUACAACCGCCUGAGCCAUCUUCCUCUCCCCCGCCGUCGGUAGUUUCAGAAAUUAUAAUGUUCUCGAGGGAUUCUAACGUUCUAUUCAGUGGCGGCGGUAUCAGUUUUCUCCAUGGAAACCAUACUGGAAAGUUUAGCUAUGGCUAUUCUAGUUUCAAGGGUAAAAGGGCAUCAAUGGAGGACUUCUACGAAACUAGAAUUUCUGAAGUCGAUGGGCAGAUGGUCGCUUUUUUUGGUGUUUUUGAUGGUCAUGGAGGUUCCAGAACAGCUGAAUACCUUAAGCGCAAUCUUUUCAAGAACCUAAGUAGCCAUCCAGGCUUUAUCAAAGACACAAAGGCAGCUAUUACUGAGGUUUUUAGGCAAACGGAUGCAGACUAUAUUAAUGAAGAGAGAGGUCAGCAGAAAGAUGCCGGGUCAACUGCAUCAACUGCUGUCCUGUUAGGGGAUCGUCUCCUUGUUGCUAAUGUUGGGGAUUCGAGAGUAGUCGCGUCUAGAGCUGGUUCAGCUAUUCCCCUCUCUAUUGAUCACAAGCCUGAUCGAUCAGAUGAACGGCGAAGGAUUGAAGAUGCUGGAGGUUUCAUUCUUUGGGCUGGAACUUGGAGGGUUGGUGGUAUUCUAGCAGUUUCACGUGCCUUUGGAGAUAAGCUACUCAAACGAUACGUUGUUGCUGAUCCCGAAAUUAAGGAAGAAGAAAUCCCCAGUGUAGACUUUAUAAUUAUUGCAAGCGAUGGACUUUGGAAUGUCAUAUCAAAUGAGGAAGCUGUAUCAUUAGUGCAACACAUCCAAGAUGCAGAAAUGGCUUCAAGAAAACUCAUUCAAGAAGCUUAUGCACGAGGGAGUACCGACAACAUUACGUGUGUCAUCGUACAAUUUGGUUUAUCAUAACUCAAUACGAUCCGAUCAGACUUGUACAAAUCAGCAAAUUGCAGAUCUGUCCUACGAAAUGUCUCGACGAACUAGAGUUACUGGUCUUAACAGGGCCUUGAUCCUACAGCUUAUUUAUUUGUUGGUAUUGAAUCGAGUAUGUAAUUUGUGUUCAGAACAUUCCUGCUCCGUCUGUGACUACUUAAAAGCAUAGUCCUUUUGUGUAUAUGUUCCAAGUUUUGAUUCAAACUCGUGUUACAGAUGUUGUUUCACUUGUUUUUGUCACCCUGUAUUAUCAUUCACGUUAAUCUUAUGUUCUUUUUCGUGUG